AUGAUUGUGGACAACUGUUGUAUGCAAUUAGUCAGUCGACCCACGCAGUUUGAUGUGAUGGUCAUGCCCAAUCUCUAUGGAUCAAUCAUUGAAAAUUUGGGUGCUGGUAUUGUCGGUGGCGCCGGACUCGUACCGGGCGUUCUUUUCAGUCAUGAUGUAAGUCUUGUUAUGUGCCUUGCAUACAUGUCCGUUGACCCGGCUGCCAGGGUCACCACCAUGUACUAA